UGUACUCGAUGAUCGAUCAGACUCUAAUUUCGGAAUUUGUCAAUUUUACAAUGUAUAGAAUGUAGCUCUAUUUUAUCUAUAAUGGACGUGUGUGCUCGCCUGUUGUUGUUUUUGGCGUUCAAUCAUCUUUCGAUCGAAAGCGCUCUCGCCUUGACAUACAAACUUAACGAUGGGAACGAGAUACCUGCGAUUGCCCUCGGGACUAGCUUGGGGCAUCUGGCUGAUGGAACACGAGUGUUGCCGGUAAACCACUCUUUGGCUAGAGCAGUACAAUGGGCGCUGGAAGCUGGGUACCGACAUAUCGACACUGCGUCCCUUUACCGAGUCGAGGACGAAGUCGGCCUCGGUGUUCGAAAUUUCAUUAACAAGGGCGAAGCCACAAGGCAAGAUGUGUACAUCACGACGAAGUUGUGGAACGACGCCCACGAUCGCGAGGAGGUGUUGCCAGCUCUACAGAAGUCUCUCGAAGAACUCAAGAUGGAGUACAUUGACCUCUACUUGAUGCACUACCCUAUGGGAUACACGAAAGAUGGUUCCAUCAGUAACACGGAUUACCUGACGACCUGGCAAGGCAUGGAAGAUGUCAAAAUGAUGAACUUGACUAGGUCUAUAGGAGUAUCGAACUUCAACAUCACACAGAUGCAAAGACUUUGGGAGAACUCGAAGAUAAAACCUGCUGUACUACAGAUUGAGGUAAACCCAACAAUAACUCAAAAUGAGCUCGUGGAUUGGUGCCGUCAACAUGGUGUAGUAGUAAUGGGGUACAGUCCAUUCGGCGCCGUGCUUGGCCGCAAGAAGGAUGGACCUCCACCGAGAGCUGAUCAUCCAUUGCUGCAAGGAUUAGCACACAGAUAUAACAAGACUGUUCCACAGAUACUGCUUAGAUACUUGCUGGAUCGCGAUAUUGUGGCCAUACCCCGAUCUACAAACAAGCAGCGCAUCAGACAAAACAUAGACAUUCUAGAUUUUAGCCUACGGCCAGAAGAGGUACAAGAGUUGUCAAAUUUCAACGUCAACUACCGCCUGCGAACUCCAGUGAAAUGGUACGAACAUCCCUAUUUUCCUUUUGAGAAAAAGAACCUUACUGAAGCUGAAAUUAAGUACCUUAUUGAACACAGUAAAGAAGAUUGAUACGUAUAUCAAGUAGAUGACGUAAAAAACUGUUUUCAUUUUAUAAAAAAUGAAACAAAUAUUGUUUUUUUUAUUGCGUUCCAAA